AAUGCCUCCAACAACAAGGCUGAUCGCAACAAUGGCGACCCAGCUCGUCCCACUGCUUGAAAUCGAGCGACUUAGCUCAAGAGUUAUUCGCAUUUUGGGAGGCAAUCCAGGAAAGUUCACAUUGCAAGGAACGAAUACAUAUAUUGUUGGGACGGGACCACGCCGCUUACUGAUUGAUACGGGAGAGGGGAAGCCGUCGUGGAUCUCGGCCGUACAGAAGACCCUCAAGGAGGAGAAUGCUACCAUUAGUGAGGCAAUCUUAACGCACUGGCACCACGACCAUACUGGAGGGCAGAAAGAUCUGCUUGGCAUCUCCCCAGAGACAAAGAUACACAAGAAUAGUCCAAGUGAGGGGCAGCUGAACAUAACGGAUGGGCAGACGUUCCAAGUGGAUGGAGCUUCAUUACGCGCUGUAUUUUCCCCGGGACAUGCUCAGGAUCAUAUGGCAUUCAUUCUCGAGGAAGAAGACGCGAUGUUCACUGGAGACAAUGUGCUCGGGCACGGGACCGCCGUCUUCGAGGACCUUGCGACUUAUCUGAACAGUUUGGAAAAGAUGCGAGGAGCCUUCCGGGGUCGGGCAUAUCCCGGACAUGGAGCAGUGAUUGCAGAUGGCCCAAGCAAGAUUGCAGAAUACAUUCGGCAUCGGAAGCAGCGUGAGGAUCAGGUGAUCCAAGUGCUGAAAUCAUGUAAGUCUUCGCCAGGCCGCGAGGCGGGUGAGGGCGAGGUUGAUGAGUGGACGUCCAUGGAAAUCGUCAAGAUAAUCUACAAAGAUGUCCCGGAAAACCUUCACCUGCCCGCUAACGGUGGCGUCAUGCAAAUCCUACGAAAGUUAGAGGAAGAGGAUAAGGUUGUUGAAAAUCCGAGGACAGAGACUUGGAGAGUAAAGAAUCGUGCAGCGUUGUGAUGUUGCCUAUGGGAUCAGUCUCCACAGAUCCUGAUAUAGAUACCCUGUGGGAGUGUUUGGAGACUUUGAUAGCCGUAUGAACCAGACUUACAAUCCGAGGCUACCGGUCUCGCGGGUCUACGUAAUGUGUAGAAACUAUAUGAACCACCACUUCCAGCC